AUGUCACUCAGAGCCAAAUCCCACACGGACCUGCAGACGGUUGGGAAGUCCUCGCUGGACGACAGCCCGUUCUCGUCUCUCUCCAUGAGCAGUAGUAAUGUAAACAGAGGUAGUCGCUUUGGGAAUGGGACGGUGGAGGAGGUGAAAGGUCUCUGCAGACCGUCCAGGAGGCCUGUACGUGUGGUGAGGCCGGUCAGCGCCAUCAGCUCUAACGGCUCGUUCCUCCAGAUCAACCACCUGCAGGGAGAGCUGGUCAGAAAGAGGAAGGUAGGAGGUGCAGAGAGUGAAGUCGAAGAGGUGAAGAGCAUUUUUACAUCAUACAUCGUCCAGCACCUGUCCAGUAACGAUGAGGAAACCUGUGAAAUAUCAAACUUUGACCAUUUCACAUACACAAAAUGAUUUUCUAAAACUUUCUGAUGAUUCCUGAGGUAGAUGAUUCCAUAACCAGUCUGUUUCCAGUUUAAGCCUUUUGAUAUCCUGAAGAUAUUCAGUUUCUGAGCACUUUUAUCGAUGAUCAUCCUCAUAUUUGAUCCAUUUAUGAAUCUCUCUUGUCAUGCCAAAUCAUACAUCAUCCAUACUUCAUAUGUCCUCCAGGAAUGUGAGGAUCUAAGAAAAGAGAACAAGUACUUAUCAAACGAGAUCCACAUGGAAAGGAUCAUGAUGCGCACCGAGAACGAGCUGACCAUGAGGAACCUGAGGAACUUGAACCAGGAGCUGCAGGCUCAGGUCAAAGAGGUAAAAAUCAAACCACUGGAACCAGUUUGCAACGCCACCAAUCCCAGAAAAACGCUGCCAAGUUUGUCCAACAAAGAAGUUCAUCACAGUGUCUUUAAAGUCCCACUCCGAUCGUUUGUCUUUUUACUUAAAGUGUUCUCAGUGGUCUUUAAACUGUGAUGAUGAAGUUUUUAGCCAAAAUCACAUUACCUGUGUCAUUUUAGAGAGCUUUUCUUCUGCAGAGCUCCAGUCGCUCAUUAGUAAUUCACCUCUGAGUCAUGGGCGGAGACAGCGCUGCUCUGCACACUCGUCUUCACGCUAGUUUGCGGCCUAACAUUGCUGUUGUAGUAGAAGUGGCAGGUAACAUAGGAGCUAUUCAGCUAAUGGACAUGAUGAAAGUUAAUGUCAUAAUUAGCUUUCUUAAAAGCAUUCCAACUUACACGCUUGUUCCGCGAUCGUCCUCUCUACUUCUCUGAGUCUGGCCUGCAUAGCGGGGCUCUGGGGGCGGAGCUUGCAGUUGUGACAUAGGAAAUCUCACUGCAGAAAUACUCAGAAAUGCAUCUCCACACUUAGUUUUCUCAUGAUAUGUCCUGUAGCAUCAGAAAAACUCCAUAUGAACAUGUAGACAACAAGAAAAAACGUGAUUUUCAUCGGAGUGGAUCUUUAAGCAAGUAUCGACCAUUUUUCCCACUUGAAACUUUAUAUAAAUCACUCAGGUCUUAGCUUAGAGAUCAGCUGUGAGAUCAAAAGUUGAUGAUCCUGCAGUAAUGUGUAAAUGAAUUUCAUGUAAUACCAUUAACUCGUAUCCAUUCUGUCCACACUGCUGCUGACCCUCGCCCUGACUCUGAGUGCUUGGAGUUGUGUUACGUCUAGAAACAAAGACAGGCCUCUACUGUUUCCUGACUGAGUCAGUACAGCGCUCACACCCACCUCCUCGACCUCCUUCUCUCUGACCCCCCCCAUCAGCUGAAGCAGAAGCUGUAUCACAGCCAGCAGAGGGCGACGCUGUGCUCCCGGGCCGCAGGCGAGGCCGAGGAGUCCAGAGGGGAGGCGGAGAAGUGCAGGGCCCAGGCGGAGGCUCGGGCCCUCGGGUGUCUGAGGGACAAGGAAGCUGCAGAGGCAGACAGGAGGUGUAUGAGUGAGGAGCUGCAGCAGCUGAAAAAAGAGGUAAACAUGUAAUUAGGAUAGAAUCUGACGACACUGACGGAAACUACGUUUAAGAAAAACUGAUUCAACAUGAGUUUAGAUAUUUUAGUUUGACUUAUGAUCCAUCUGCUGACAUGGAGGAGGCGGGCUUUAUGACCGAACCUGCAGCCUAUCAAUAAACUUUAUCACAUUUAUUAUAACAAAGAGGAAAACAUGCUGAAAAGUUUAUCAAGGUCUUUUUCACACAUGGUUAACUUUAAACUCACUCUCAGUAAAAGUAACUGCAAUUUUAACACACUGGAAAUACUAGAUUAAAUGCCUCAGUUUAUAGGGAAACCAUUAAUAAUGCACAGUCACUCUGUUAUUUAUAGAGUGCAUAUGAAGGGGAAGCUUGUUUGUCGUUUAAAUAUUUCUUUAAUAUUUCAUAAAUUCAUUAAAAAGACCCAAAUUAUUAAUAAAACGGCACAUGAAGUUUUGCCCUGCAGCCGCCUACAUUUCAUUCCACUGAUCUAAAGAUCUAAAACACCAAUAAAACCACAUUAAUGAGCCACAUUAGUGCAAUAAACGACAUGUUCCUUCAUUAUGAUGAUGUGCGGCAUGUUUUUGUUGGAGUGGAUCUUGUUUAAAUAGUAAAACUGCUUUAAAUUUAACAUGAAAACUAAAUGAGUCACUGAAAGGAGUCCAGAACAAACAGACCACUUCCUGCUGCAUGUAUGUGUUCGUUCCCUUUAGCCAGCUCCUGCUGUUUGCAGCUUAUCCAUGAAGAAUCUCUGUGAUCUGAUUUUAAAAUGAUCGUAAUUAGAUGAGAAUUUACAUGUUUUCUGACAUGGAAGGAAAGUUAAAAGGAAUUCAAAGUCAGGCUUUUGUUGUUCAUGAAAAAUGCAGCUUCAUCCCCAAAAGUGAGUUAGAACAUUUGACCAGAAAUGACUUCUACCUGCCUGAAAAAGACAGGAAUGAUUAAGUCUCGUUUUCUGGAGCUACUUAAGAACAAAUCACUUUCUCCAGAUCUUUGGAUGAAAGGAAAGACCUGAUCUACGUCUAUAAAUCAUCAUGUAAGUCAUGGUUAUUUGGUAUUUUCGUCUUGCAGCACACCAAACUGCAGCUUUCACAGGCCCAAACAGAGAAGAGCUACUUUGAAACCAAGCUGAAGCUGGAGCGGGUGUCUGGGGAGAAACAGGCUCUGCUGCAGGAGAACAAGAGUCUGGAAGGGGACAGAGAUGACCUCCGACACAAGCUGAGACAAAUCACCGAGGAAAACGUACAACUCAAAGGGAGGUGGGUGAGGUUCAGGGGUGACCAAGAGGGCGUUUUUAUGACUGUAAAACUGAGAUGAACAAGAAUUUUUAAUAUCAAGAACAGAAAACAGAACAAAUAAAAAGACAUUAUCACAUUAGGUGGAGGAGAUGUACAUUAUUCUACCUGUAGGUUUGGUCCUAACAGAAAGGUUCUUGUUUAAAAAGAGUCUCCUAAUCUGCGAUGGGUUGUUCACAGAUUCAUGUCUGAUCAAGUAGAGUUAAUGCAGAAAACUAAAACUGCAGUUCCUUGAGUGUCCACUUGAGGCUGGCUCAUAGACUGUAUAUACUAUGGACAACUUGGUUCCGCCUCCUGUCAGUAUACAGAUUUGAAGCCAAAAAGCUCUCAGUAUUUCCACGAUUUUUCUCCACUUCCUGAAACCAACAUUGCGCAGCAGCGUUGUACGCAUUCGGCAGGAGAGUCGCUGUGAUGACGCUCGGCUCAAACAGCGUAUCCCCCCGGGUGAGCUACGUAAACUUCGUACGCCCAUAGGCUGUAUCAAGUGUCAGUCAUAGAAAACAUGAACUCCCUAAUAACUUUCAAAAACUGAGCUGCACAGAAAAAAGAGGACUUACAAAUUAUAUUCUGUGUAAUAAAGUUCUAAAGUUUGUCCACAGCUCCAUAGAGAUUGCUGGAGGAGGCGGGAUUUAUGACCUAUACUGCAGCCCGUCAACAGAGGGUGCUGUUCUCGGAGUGGCUUCACCCAGUGAGGAGGCAGAGAGCGUCCGUUCUGUAUACAGUCUAUGAUCUGACUGCAAAAACAAAGUCAUUCCCAUUUAGUUCAACGGUCAGUCUACUCCCUUUAUAGCAGAAGAACACACUUAUCAGACUGUUGCAGGAAAUAGUUGUGGUCUACAAAGCUGUUUCAUUUAUCCCUACACCCUGCAGAAGGUGUGAACACAUGUUACAUCGAGAGCUGAAGUCCUGCUCCAGCUCGACUUCUUUACUGGUUUCUAGGCUCACAAAAACUUGGGUUGGGUCAGCAUUUCCAGUAAACUGACCACCAUAUCUGGGCGUCAUCAGGCGUGUUAAAAGCGAGACGUUUUAGCUGUAUGUAAAACUGCCACAAUCAGCAGUUUUCAGUGCAUAAAGAAAACUAAAAAGGAUCAAAGACAGAGCCCUGGGGAACGCCAAAUAUCCAUUUUGAAUGUGAGUUUUCCUCAGCUGUGAAAUCCUGCUGUUACCUUUACAAAAACAGUUUGUGUCUGCUCUACCUUAAAGGAACUUUUAUUCCAUGGUGUGCACUUAAAAGUGACAAAUCUUUUUGUUAUUAUUAUUUAAACAGACUCACAAUCAGAACACAGUGAACUGUUGACAGCUGAUAGAGGACCGUAUGGCUGAUAGUGCAGAAUAUUUCCUUUAGGAGGGAAGUUGGAACAAUGUCAGGGACGCCAGAGGGAGGAAGUUUAAGCUCCACGAUGCUGUACUUUUUUUUUUUUUUAAAGAUAAGAGGAGCUUAACAGAAAGGGUCAACGUCAAACCUGAUUUUAACUUCUUAUCGACAAAGAAAUACAGCCGGAUUUUACUCCACCAUAGGAAGCAAUAAAUCAGCAGCUAACUAUGUUGAAUUUGAGUUAUUUCUGUGCCCCUCUGGGUGAUUUCUGGAGGUCUUUGUGGGAAUUAAACCAAACAUGUGUUUUUCUGGUUUGUGACUUAUCCUUGUGUUUCCAGUGAGAUGAAUUCGAGGCGCAGAGCGAUGGUGUCUGAAGAGGAGAGCAAAAAGGCCAACCAGGCCCUGCAGGAGGCCGAGGCGGAGAGGCGGCUGGCUGAGAAGGAGAGACAGGAGAGGACGGCCGAGAGUCUGAGCUGGAGGGAGAAACACCAGGAGUUAGCAGAGAGGUUCAGAGCUCAGGAGGAUCUAAAGGCUCUGAGGCAGAACAAAUCUGUGAGAGGAGGCUCCAUCCCAUCACACCUCACCUACAUUUAACAAAAAUAUCAUACACUGGUUCUCCUGAGUACAGAAAGAGUCUGGUUACAGCUGAACUGAUGGUUCCACAUCUUGACUGAAUGACACACAUCAUCAUAACUCUAAAAUCCUUCAUCCAUCAUUCAAGUUUGUGUUUAAUAUUGAGUUUUUUUAUUGUUUAUUUUCCGACAGUGUCAGGCCAACAUCAAGAGUUAUUUCCUCUGCAUGACAGAGAGUGACCAGAGGGUGAAAAUCCUCAAAAAUCAAGACGGCACCCCUAGGAAUUUCACCGUAAGAUAACUUUACUAAACUGUACUUUACUUUACUACACUAAAGUUAACUGUAAUGUACUUUACUAAACUUUACUUUGACUAUACUUUACUGUAAUUUACCAUUCUUUACUUUACUAUACUUUACUGUAAUGUUCUUUACUGUACUUUACUAUUCUGUUCUUUACUACACUUUACUGUAGUCUACUAUACUUUACUUAUCUAUAUUUUACUGUAAUUUACCAUUCUUCACUAUACUUGACUUUAUUGUAAUGUACUUUACUUUACUGUGCUUAACUUUAUUUUACUUCACUCUACAUCUUAAGGAAGAUUCGAGAGAUCACUCAUUUUAACUCACACUGGCACAAUAAAAAAAAAGCAGUUACGUUUUUACACACACAAGUGAAAAUUCUUCUUCACAGAAAGAAUAAAAAGUUCAGAUCAGUUUUGGCGAACUGUUCUAAUAGAUCAGUGAAUGUUAAAAAGUGAUAAGUAUCCUACUUACAUGGUUUGAUUUUGUUCAGGAAGGAGACCCUGUGUACAUCUCCACCCCUGAGACCAGUCCUGAGGAGCCAGAGAGGAGUUCAUCCAGGUAACCGAGCAGCCACUAGAUGGCAGUAUUUACAGCAAGAACAUUUUGUUCAUUCCUAAAGGCAGAUACCGUUUAUCCCACACAAAAUGUACUAUUGGCUUGUUCUGAACAUCCAAUACCCUCAGUAACUGAAAAAUUAUACGUAUGCAUACAGUUAUUAUAUUUUAAAAUUGUUAGGACUGAAACUUCAUUGUUCAUAUUAGAAAUUCUUUAUCUUCACAUAAUUUAAAGUUUGGUUAGCCAUCAAAACUAAGACCAGUGGUGGAAAUAUUUGGUUCAUGUAAGAGGAAAAAAGUGAUUUUUCCAAGAACAGAAGUGGGAAAAUCCUGGAUCUACAUCUCUAACUCAUUAUUAAUCUCUCCUGUCAGGACCAUGUUGAGGGUCUCUGCCCCUCACACAGGGAGGGAAUUGGGGCCAAGUCACUUUGAUGAGCUGCCCGCCUUGGGAGGAGAGCGGCCCGACUCGGCUCCUCACCGCAGGAGCAGGAAGGUGGUGGAAUAUUUCUGGAUCCCUACAGACCAGGAGUAG